AAGCGUGUCUUUGUUACUCCAUUGCCACACAAAAUGGCCGACACUUUACUGACAGACAAACACUGAUUCACACCAAUUGAUCCGACACUUGUGUCCACACAUCACUCAUUGGUGUCCCGAAGUGACCAUCAUUUGUGGCCACCGUUUGACUCGUCGACCAAUUGAUGGACCAAUAAAUGGAUGCGUUUUUCUCUCGCACUUGAAAUUGAUGUCACAUUGUAUUUGUCCGUCGGAUCCGUUUGAGUGAUACUUUGGUCCCAACGCUAUCUAUUUGUCGCCGCAUUCGUCUGUCGUCCGGACGCAAGUGUUAUCAGUUGAGGAAUGUCUGGUACGUCGACCACGACCUCCACAUCCCGUUCUUCGAGACCAAUGAAGAGGUCCCGCAAAAAGACGAUUAAAGGGAUUUGCGAAUCCAUUAAUGAGACCAAAAGUGAGACAAUUAAUGAUGAGUUAUCGAUAGUGACUUCCAAGUCAUCGACGUCUUCAUGUGUGUCCCCGCAAUCGCCGUCGUCUUCGUGUGUGAGUCCUCUGCUGUUCGGUUGCCAUCACUCGCCAUACGAUUUACGCCGAAAACUGUCGCCAAUCCAUGAGUCGGUUUCAGUCAUAUUGCACUCAUCGUUGGCCACGAAUUGUGGCACCACUUCAUCCACGACUGCCUCAACAAUACCUCCGUCUUCUCUAUCGUCAUCGUCGUCGUCGUCCUCCUGUUCGUCGAGUUCCAGCUCUUCCUCUUCGUGUCAUUCAAACGCAUCCUUUUCUAUACAAUCCAUGAAUUGUUUAGGAACGGCUGCACUCUAUCUUCUGUACGAACUGCCAGACGAAGUACUUCUUACGAUAUUCUCUUACCUUCUGGAACAAGACUUGUGUCGUGUAUCGCAAGUCUGUAAGCGCUUCCACACCAUAUCAAAUGACUGUGAAUUGUGGAAAACUCUUUACCAUAAUGUCUAUGAAUACGAUUCGCCAUUAUUUCACUCGAGUUUAUGUAAGUUUGAGUUCAUUUCGUACGACGACUGCGAACUCGAGAACCCAUGGAAAGAGUCUUUCAAGCAAUUGUAUCGUGGAGUUCACGUGAGGCCCGGAUAUCAGGAACAGUUUGAGGCCAACACCGAACGAUAUAAGGGUCGGAAUAUAACAUACUUCGACCGAAUAGAACAGGCGUUCACGUACUCCGAAGAGUUAGAAAAUUCACUAAUAUUUAUUCACACCGGAACUUAUAAGACUGAAUACCUCAUCAUUGACUCCAGUGUGGCACUCAUAGGGGCCGCUCCGGGAAAUAUCACCGAAAACGUAAUCCUCGAGAAGGACAGCGAGUCUACGAUCACAUUCGUUGAGGGCUCGCGAGACGCUUACUUGGGUUACCUGUCGCUGAAGUUUACGCCCGACGUGACCUCAUCCGUGUCACACCAUAAACACUACUGCCUUGAAAUCACGGACAACUGUUCGCCAACGAUCGACCACUGCGUGAUUCGCAGCACAUCCAUAGUGGGGGCGGCCGUAUGCGUGACGGGCACCGGCGCUGAGCCCGUGAUCCGCAACUGUGACAUCAGUGACUGCGAGAAUGUGGGUCUCUAUGUGACGGACUUUGCGCAGGGAAUCUACGAGGAGAACGAGAUCAGCCGUAACGCGUUGGCCGGCGUUUGGGUGAAGAAUCACGCGAACCCUAUAAUGCGUCGAAACCAUAUACAUCACGGCCGCGACGUCGGAGUGUUCACGUUUGACAACGGGUUGGGCUAUUUCGAGGCCAACGACAUCCACAACAAUCGGAUCGCCGGCUUCGAAGUGAAGGCCGGAGCGAACCCGACUGUAGUGCGGUGUGAGAUACAUCACGGCCAGACCGGUGGCAUCUAUGUGCACGAGUCCGGUAGGGGUCAGUUCAUUGAGAACCGCAUUCAUUCCAAUAAUUUUGCCGGCGUUUGGAUUACAUCGCAAAGUAAUCCCACGAUUAGACGCAAUGAGAUCUAUAACGGACAUCAGGGAGGGGUCUAUAUCUUCGGUGAGGGCCGCGGACUCAUCGAACACAACAAUAUAUACGGCAACGCUUUGGCCGGCAUUCAGAUCCGGACGGCUAGCGACCCGAUCGUGCGGUACAACAAGAUCCACCAUGGGCAACACGGCGGCAUCUAUGUCCACGAAAAGGGUCAGGGAUUGAUUGAGGAGAACGAGGUGUACGCCAACACAUUGGCCGGCGUUUGGAUCACGACUGGGAGCACACCUGUGCUCAGACGCAAUCGGAUCCAUUCGGGAAAACAAGUGGGCGUUUACUUCUACGACAACGGACACGGAAGGCUCGAAGAGAACGACAUAUUUAAUCACUUAUAUUCAGGCGUUCAGAUUCGCACCGGAAGUAAUCCAGUGAUCAGAAGGAACAAGAUAUGGGGCGGACAGAACGGCGGGGUUCUCGUCUAUAACGGCGGUCUCGGAGUGUUGGAACAAAACGAGAUCUUUGACAACGCGAUGGCCGGCGUUUGGAUCAAAACCGAUAGCAAUCCAACGCUGCGGAGGAAUAAGAUAUAUGACGGCCGAGACGGUGGUGUCUGUAUAUUCAAUGGUGGGAAAGGAGUUCUCGAAGAGAACGAUAUCUUCCGCAACGCUCAGGCGGGGGUUCUUAUAAGCACUCAAAGUCAUCCGGUUUUGCGGCGGAACCGUAUAUUCGAUGGUCUGGCGGCGGGCGUCGAGAUCACGAACAACGCCACCGCAACCCUUGAGUUCAAUCAGAUAUUCAAUAAUCGAUUCGGCGGUUUGUGUUUGGCGUCUGGGGUUCAGCCCAUUCUCAAGGGAAAUAAAAUAUACGACAAUCACAACGCCGUCGAGAAGGCUGUCAAUAGCGGUCAGUGCCUCUACAAGAUCUCCAGUUACACUAGCUUUCCUAUGCAUGACUUCUACAGGUGUCGUACGUGUAAUACAACCGAUCGUAACGCCAUUUGUGUGAAUUGUAUUAAAACAUGUCAUUCCGGCCACGACGUCGAGUUCAUCAGACACGACAGGUUUUUCUGUGAUUGUGGAGCGGGAACUCUGAGCAAUCAAUGCCAACUGCAAGGAGAGCCCACUCAAGACACGGACACUCUCUAUGAUUCUGCGGCGCCCAUGGAAUCGCAUACUCUUAUGGUUAACUGACAGCCAAUCCGACUCACAUAACCACAAAUCUAUCCAAUCUUUGGUCUAAUUUAAAACAAUUUUAGGCAAAUUUCAUGGAAUUUGAAAUCAUAUUUUGGUUUAUAUAUAGGAAAAAAUCAUAUCUUUUUAAUUGAACGAUUGGUUUAACUGAUAUUUUUAGUCCAAUUAUUGCCAAAAAGAGCGUGAAAUCAGUGCAGAACUGCUUAAUUUUGAACCUUGUUUUUGAUAGUGAGCGCCAAUUUUGAUUAGAAAUAUAUACUGUAUAUACAAAUAAUAUAAACAAUUUUUGGUCAGUAUUUUUGAUUAUUUUCUUAUAUUCACACACAAUGUCGUGACAAAUGGCACCGAAAACAUAGCGACAGAUAUAAUACAAUUCAUGUUAACUCAUAUUUUUUUCGGUGCAACCAUUGCUGCAAAACAAACAACAAAAUACACAAAAUAAUUAAUGCAUUAAUAUUUAAAUAAUUGAGAAAAAUUAUGUUAAACUCCUGUCUCUCUAUCUCUCUGUUCGUGUGGUAUAAGGAAAAUGGGAUUCUAUUCUAUAUAUUAUGUGCCAAAAUAUCCAUUUAAUUACUUUCUAUACUAAACAUUGUUUUUUAAUUUGUAAAAAACAAAAUCAAAUUGUACUUCAAAUGCCUCUUUAAAUUUGUCAAUUUCACUCAAAAACGCGACACAUUUUUGCAAAUAUAGUUUCAAUAGUUUCUAUAGUUUAUUAUUAUUAUUUUUGGAUAAAUUAUUUUUCACAUAUUUUAGACACAUUUUAGUAUUUUAUAACAUAUUUUAUGCUCUCAUCACAUGUGCUGAACAGUAAAAGCGACGAAAAUGUGUUGAUUUUGACGUGAAGUUCACUUCUUUAUACCAUAUCUUUUGUCUAUAUAUUUAGUGAAUGCAGAACCGAAAGGAACCGAUAAAUAGCUUCUAAGCCUAACCUAUAGUGCAAUUCUGUUAUUCACACCUUUCUCUACGAUAACAACAAACUUCAAUAACUUUAUUCAUGUGUUUAUAUUUUGCACAAUAUUUUCAAUUUGAUAAUCAAUGCGUCUAAUGGUCUCAAUUCGACAAAACAAUUGCCACUCAAUAUAAAUAUAUAAAUAAAUACUAUUAUAAAUAUAUAUAUUAUAAAUAUAAAUAUAUGUUAUAAUUAAUAAAUUAAAUUUCCAUAAAAUAUACA